GAGAUGGAGUAGAAAGCGGGAGGAGGAGAGAGGGGGAAUAAAGAGGAGGGUGGCAGAGACAUUGUGAGUUUUUUUUCUUCCUCUUUCUUAUUUAAUUGGUCCUCCGGGAUCCGGGGCGAGUCCUCCGUUCGCAGCCGCGCCGCUUUAAUUGGCUGGAGAUUCCAGCAGAAUACUAUUGGAAAAAGCCUAGAGUUUAUACAGUUUAGACUCCGGUCCCUUCUGAUAAACCCACUCAUUACCGAGACCAGAGCUGGACAAGCUUUACGCAGAGACUCUCCUGAAUCCAGACGCGCAUCUGAAAUCUGUGCGCGCAUCUCUCUCCACACUCACGCGCAAAGACGCGCAACCUCUCCAUCCGCCUCACUCUUGAGAGAGCCGUCGAUGAGCACACAUCAGACAGAAGAUCAUCACAGGACAAGAGUUUCGUCUAGUCACUUCCAGAGAUCUGGAUUGGAUCGGAUGUGUGGAUGCGUCACGCUUCAAGAGUUGCACAUCAGUUGAAGUUGCCUGGAAGAAUGUGUUGGAAUUUUGUCUUCAUUUUCUGGACGGAGAGACAUCGGUGCGCUCCUGCUGAACACGCAACAAACUAAACACCUGGAACCCUGUUCUGCUGAAAGUCGUGCUUUUCUAAAGGAAUUAUUUCGAAGGGCAGCGAUCUACAGGCUGAAGCCCAACAGAGCAAGGUAAUGAGGGAUCGCACCUGAAGAUGGAGCUUUUCUGGAUUUUAUUAUUUUCUGUAUUCCAUCGCUACGUGCAAACGCAAGGAGUUUACGCUCCUGCGAACGCUCAGAUUGUGCAUUCUGGGCAGACAUGUGUGGUGAAGGAGGACAACAUCAGUGAAAGGAUCUACACCAUCAGAGAGGGGGACACGUUAGUUCUGCAGUGUCUGGUCAAAGGACACCCGCGGCCUCAGGUGCGGUGGACAAAGACAGCAGGCAGCGCUUCCGACAAGUUCCAGGAGACGUCCAUCUUCAAUGAGACUCUACGGAUCCCCAACAUCCAGAGAGUGCAGGGCGGCCGCUACUACUGCAAAGCUGAGAACGGGGUGGGGGUGGCUGCCAUCAAGUCCAUUCGCGUAGAUGUGCAGUAUCUGGAUAAACCUGUGCUCACGGUGCACCAGACGGUGGGUGAUGUACGAGGGAACUACUAUCAGGAGAAAACAGUGUUUUUACGCUGUACGGUAAACUCCAACCCUCCCGCUCGCUUUAUCUGGAAACGAGGAAAUAAACCAAUCGAACAGAGCAAAGACAACGGUGUGGACAUCUACGAGCCUCUGUACACACAGGGUGAGACAAAGGUGCUGAAACUGAAAAACCUCCGUCCACAGGACUUUGCUAAUUACACCUGUCAGGUGUCCGUCCGGAACGUUUGUGAUAUUUCAGACAGCUCUGUCACCUUUCGCCUUACCAACACCACCACUCCCCCUGCUCUAAAGCUGUCUGUGAAUGAGACGUACAUGGUGGACCCAGGCCAAGACGUCAUGCUGUCAUGUGAGGUAACAUCAGGGUUCCCCACACCUACGGUCACCUGGUCGCGGUACCCUGGGUCCCUCCCUCAGCGCUCUGUGAUCCGAGGGGGGUCCCUCAAUCUCAGGUCCGUCACUCCCUCUGAUGCCGGCGUCUACAACUGCACAGCCGUCAACAAUGUGGGAAACCCUGCGAGGAGAACUGUCAACCUCGUUGUGAGAACCAUGAAGAACUUAACAUUCCAGAUCACGCCAGACUCCAACAAAGAUGGUGAGAGCAUACAGAUGGGUCGAGACCUUAAACUUUCCUGCCACGUUGACGCCCAGCCCCAGGACAAGGUGAACUACACCUGGUACAAGAACGGAGCGCUCAUCUACCCCACCGACAGCCUCAUCGUGCUGCGCAGUGACCCGGACAUGCCACCAGGCACCAGCAGCCUGGAGAUCGUGGACAUGAAGUUCAGAGAUCAGGCCACCUACAGCUGUGUAGCCAACUUCCCCGGGAGCAGCGUUCCUGAACUGCGAGUGGACGUGAACAUCACACAGAGCAGCGUCAUUCCUCCAGUUCUGAGUGUGCCAGUCGGAGGGGGUGUGGUCAAUGUCAGCGAGGGCGGUACCGCAGAGCUUGUGUGUUUGGUCGAUGGUAAGCCCCGCCCACCUGUUCUGUGGUCUCGGGCAAACAAGGACCUGCCAAUGCCAUCGGGGGAUUGGGUGGUGGAAACACGUGAUGGCCGUUUGCGUCUGACCAAUGUGACGCGGGACAUGAUGGGAGCAUACCGUUGCCAAACAGCUCCUUACAAUGGCCUAAACAUCAAACGGCGACAGGGUCAGGUGCAGCUCAAUGUUGAAUACCCUCCUGUUGUGGAUCCAGUCCUGCUGGAUGUCCGUUCUCAAACGCUUUCGACAGUCAAUCUCCGAUGCCUGGUUCUCAAGUCAAAUCCAAACCGGAUAGCCAGCACCCGCUGGUACCGUAAUGGGAUCCCCAUCCGAACACCACCGGUGGACCCUCAAAGUGUCCCUCAGCUCCGGUUCAAACUAGACACCACAAAUAAUGGCACUUAUGAGUGCAGAGUGAGCAAUGGAGUCGGUACCUCAACCUGCACCUUCACUGUGUCUGCUCAGCCGUAUAAUGCAGAGUUUUACUACGACACUCCAAACCCCAUUCGCACACUGAAGAACAAUUAUUCCUACAUCUUGCAGUGGACACAGAAAGAGCCCGGCGCUGUGGACAAAAUCACUGGUUACUGGAUCAAUGUCCAACAGAACCGACAGACAAUUUUGUCCAAACAGAUCACCACUAAGGAGCCGGUGAAAGGUGUUCUCAUGUCCUACACGCUGACAGACUUGCGUAUUCCCCUGUCGUAUGAGGUCAGCCUCACUCCCAUAACCAGCUACGGCACUGGAAACACGGUCACGCGCACCAUCCAGUACUCAGAGCCCUACACUUACCCAAGACCUUCAGAUCAAGUGUGUGGGUUUGAGGACAUUAGGAUAUGUGGGUUCACUCAAGACCGCAGCGAUAUGUUUGACUGGACCAGACAGAACCAUCUCAACCAGAACCCCAAAAGGUCGGUUAAUACAGGGCCGGAUACAGACAGGAGUGGGACAAAAGAAGGUUACUACAUGUACAUUGAGACGUCGCGGCCGCGCCAGGCUGGGGAUAGAGCGCGUCUCCUCUCUCCAUUGUAUAACGUUCCGGCAGCCCGAGGACCAACGGGGACCACCAGAACCCCCUACUGUGUCUCUUUUUACUACCACAUGAAUGGAAAACAUAUUGGAACACUCAAUGUUCUCAUGAGGGUGAAGAGCAUCGCCACUGUGGAUUCUGCCUUCUGGUCUCUCUCCGGACACCAGGGGCCCAAAUGGAGGAAGGCGGAUGCUGAGAUCUAUCCGAGCGGACCCUUCCAGGUGGUGUUCGAAGGUAUCCGUGGAAACGGCUUUGAGGGAGACAUCGCUAUCGAUGACGUUUCUGUUUCCAAGGGGAAAUGCAAACAAAAGGAUAGCGUGGACAAAACAGUUCUGUCUGGGACACACCAGAGUCUUCAUCUUCUUCCUGUGAUCGUCCAGCUGCUCUACACCAUCUCUCUGACAUUCCUUCUCAGAUGAUACAGAUAGCCCUCAGCACACACACCGCCAGUGUAGGACGGCCCCUACGGCAGCAAUAAGAACUGCCCCAAAACAUGACCACCCUUCCUGCUACUGCGUCCUCCAUUUCCUCCCGUUUCUCAUUCCCUGUGUCCUGGCUGCACACUUCCUCUUACCAUCCAAGUCUACGGUUUCUUUAGUUUCUUGUCAUCUUUGUGGUCACUUGUUAAGCUUAUAACUGCCAACUGGCACCUUUUUUUAUGUUUUAUGUAAGUGUUAAUUUUAUACAUUUCUGUCCAUAUAUCUUGACAUCUUCAUCACAGGCACCCGUGUAUGUAUCUGACACACCAAAGUGUCAACUAUAACCAAAGAUGACGGAGGGCUUACAGGAUGAACAGACGGCUGAAAGAGCAACAAGGACGUCCUUUCCCUAAAUCAACUACUCUUUCCACACAGUUCAAGUGCACGGAGAUGUGAUUUUCUUAAGAUACUAAGAUUGCAAGGAAUAACUUGAGCCGGAAAGGAUGAGUAAAACAGGUGGUCAUGAAGUUACUGAUGACCUGAAUGGACCUGUACAUGCACGUGUACAUUGGAAAAUAUAAAGCUGCAGAAAGGACAAACAGACUCCAACUGCAACUUCUAGGACUGUGACAAUGUGAAAAUAAAGAAGCACAAAUUUAUAUCUUUUUUUAUUUUGGUUCCUUUACUUGGUAUCCCAUCAGUCUGGGUUUGUUGUACACUUCUUGUCCUUUUGCUUUCUUUACCAGAAACAGUGUGCCACUGCUGCAUUGCCGUUCAGUUCGUUAGAUUCCAAAAACGACAAAAUCUUCACAAUGUGAACUUUUGACCAGAAGAGCAUCAGUUACCUCACCCUCAAUCUACAAGAACCAUAAAGCACCUGGACAACUUAUAUGAACUGUCACUUUUAGCUUCAAUAAAACUGCCGGAAGAGUGUUGACUCACUUGGUCAGUCAUUCUCGUUCAGCAAUAGGACCGUACCUCUGACUACAAUGAAUAUUAUUUUGGCACAGACUCCAACAGAUGAACGACUCUAGACAGACAAACUCCACUCUUUGCUUUGGUGAUCAAGAAUGUCAUUUUGUAUAGUGUUAGAGAGAAAUCGCAUGUGCGUGCAAGCUCUUCAAGGGGACUUUUUUUUUUUUUGGAAGUUUUGAGAUGGCAAAGAAACAGUGUUGACAUCAAAAGUUGACCUUUUUCCUCAUUAAAGCAUCCUAUAGUAUUGCUGCAUUCCAUUUACAUUGGAAAGUUGGAAUUUCCAGCUUUCUACUUGGAAAAUUACAAUAGCAUGCCACUUGAAGUCACUUGAAGUCAGGUGAGAUGCACUUUUAAGCAAAUUAAACACACCAAUAAGUCAAAGUUCUUAGAUUAAACUAUGAUAAAAAACGUUUAGCAAAUGUCUGCAGAUAAGUGAUCCUCUAAGAUGAUAAUCAUAGACCUGCAUAACAAAUGCUAGUACUGUGCUAGUGCUAGUAAUGCUCAAAUUUGGCUGCUAGGGACUUCUUUGUUGACAAUCAAGAUCUGUACAGCAAACAGUAGCAUUGCCAUUUAAGUUUUUGUAAUAUAUAUAUUCUUCCAAACUUUAGAGAGGAGAACACCUUCAUGCUUUGAAGUCAGAGAUACCAAGUAGGAAUAUCCCACAUUUGACUUGUAAUGGAACGCAGCAUAAAUCACAGAUGCCAGUGGUUUAAGAUUCAGAUGCAAUAUAUUAUGAUUGAUUUUACUUUCAAAAGAUAUGAAAAUGUACGCUAUCCUCACUGGAACUUGUUUAAAAAAAAUUGUCACAUCAAGUUAAAUAACAUUUAAGCACAUGGUUAGAGUUCAGUAGCAAUAUGUGAUUGUCUGAUGUGUAAGCAAACCAGGACUGUGUGUGUUUGAUCCUGAAAGCUCAAGUAUGUUUCAUCACAUCUGUCAUCACUGCAAGGGAAGGGCAGGCACAGAAGAAUAAGAGCAUAUGACAAAAAAAAAAAAGGGAACCAUUUGUGCCUCUUUUUGAGUGUCCUUUAUCAGAUUUGCUUAUGCUUCGAUGUUAUGGUGCAAUCGUGUAUACAGUAUAUAUUUAAAUUGCUUUGCUCUAGUAUUACUCAUACUCGUAGUUCCAUCCACAGUGGAGCUUUAAGGUAAGUCAGUUUACAAACAUAAAAUGCUCAAAAUGAUUUUCCAGCGUGUAAUAUUUGCUCACACUCAUAUUUAACCAGUUCAUAUUUAUCCUAAUGUGAAUUACAUCUGUCGCUGUUGAAGAGAUUAUCAUAGACUCGCUCCUCAGGUAAUUCCAUGGGUAACAGGGACAGGGCCUGGAGUAAUUCAACCCCAGUCCAGGUUCUCCUAAAGUUAAAGACACUCCCGCGGCUGUAAUACUGUUCCUCAUGUUUGAUACCGUAAACGCUCUGAACUCUUGCACAAUGCCUUCACUACAUGUCAUGUAUAAUCAGAUAUCGUUUAUUAUCCAUGCUAAGAUUAGUAGGACCUACUACAGGACACAAGUGAUUCGAUUUAAUGAAAGAGGGAAAAUUUUACUUUGCGGGAUAGCAUGCGUUGAACAUUACGUAUUCCAAAUGUUUCCUUUUGUUGCUUUUAGAUAUUCCUACCUGUGCUUGGUGACAUCUCAAUAUUACCUAAAAGCCAUCAUCCUCGACUGUGACUGUUUGUGUUAUUCUUCGUUUUUUUUUUUUUUUAUUCAAAUCAUAUCUCAUUGUUUCAUUAAAAUGGAUCUGGUGUAAAACUGCAUUUACAAGUAUGGUUUGAGGGCAAAGGCGGGAUCUAAAUACUGUGCAAUAUUUGAUAUUGAUGAUGUUUUAUCAUGCAAUUCAGUGUUGAUUUGUAAUAAGCUCAAAUAACACAGAGAGUGCACCAUCACCCUGAUGAUGAGCAGAUGAAUGUGAAUGUGAAUGUGAAUUAGAAUGUGAAAUCUUACUGGCCAGGAUUCUUUGAAUUGUAAAUGUGCAAAAUUAGUGGAAUGGAUUUAAAUAUGGCAUGAUGUGUUAAAUGGAGAUGGAGGUGCUUUACUUAAUAAUAUCAGCAUAGUAAAAUUAGCCAAAAUAUAUAAUACAGACGUGCCAGGGAUAUGUAGACAUUGCUGAAUGAUAGCUGGAAAUUCCAUGCUUAAAACAACAGAGCAUAUGAAGUUUGAAUGCAUCUUUAUGAAUGUUAUUUUUGUUCUAAAAUGUUUGACAUUUUGAAACAUUCUAAAAUUUUUCAUCCUUAAAUAUUAUGUGGUUUGGUUAUUUUCCUUGUGUUCCUGUAGCUCAAGUGGUAGAGCUUUGUCUUAUCAAGCGCAAGGUUGGGGGUUUUGAAGUAAUGGUGAAAGUUCACUAUGGAUCUUACUGCCCAAUGCACUUCUAACUAUAAUUACUGCGUUAUGCUUUAUCUAUUGAGAGUACAUGGGUGAACAUUCAGGUCAUUUCAUUCUAAAAUAAGGAGAAAAUUUGCGUACAGAUAAUUACAUCUGUUUUAGAUUUUUAGAGGUUUUUUUUUUUUUUACUAGAACGUUUUGGACAGAUUGUUUUGUUAUUGAUUCACCUGUGCAUUUAAUAAAAUAUAUCAGCAACUCCCUUGACCAAACCUGAAGAUCCAUCUGUUAAAAUCACCAAACCACUCACAAAACCAAUCCCUUCACUGCUGAAGAAUGUUGGGGUGUUGAGUUGAUCAUUAGUGGGCAGCACAGCUCUGAUUGGCUGUUCUGCCGUAUGCAAAGUCUUCAGACGAGCGAGAAAAAAAUCAUUUUUUUUUUUUUUUUGUAUACUGUUUGUUUAUAGAUAUACCGGUGCACAAGUGAGAGAGCAACUUGUAGUGCUGGAUGUUAUAUAUUCUCUGUCAUGUAAUGAACUAUUUUAGAGGAAAAAUAUAUUUGAAAUAUGACUCCGAGAUGUAUAAAUAAAUAACCAUGAAAUACC